UUCUCUUCAAACUUCUUUCACGAAGCCAAGGCGCGCUUUGUUUCUUGCCUUAUCUUUCCAACUCAGACCAAUGUUUAUCACUACUUUUGCCAACAGCGCUGUAUAUUGGACCAUACGCACAUUCAUCCGUGCUGGGCCACUCAUCUGGAUAAGUGGGUCGCUGGGCAGCCUCAUAGACAUUAUCUAUGCGUUCCUUUCUAAGGCCCUUGUUAACUCGCAGAAGCAGGUCGACGAUAUUGUCAAAGACGCCCUCGAUAAUGGGGCUGGAAAUGGAAAAACUGCCGUCAUUACUGGUGCAAAUUCCGGAAUCGGCUACGAAACCGCCAAGGCAAUUGGCCGCGCUGGCUAUCAUACCAUUUUGGCGUGCCGCAACCCGAAGCUCGGCGAAGAGGCUGUCAACAGGCUCAAGGCGGAAACUGGAACCGACAACUUUGAGCUGAUGGUCCUAGAUUUGGCUUCAUUCGCGUCGAUUCGCAAGUUCGCUGGGGAGUUCAAGAAACGUCACCAGUCGCUGAGCUUGCUGGUCAACAACGCUGGCGUUUUCAUGUGCCCAUAUAUGACCACAGUGGAGGGUAUCGAGAUGCAAUUCGGCACCAACCAUGUCGGGCACUUUCUCCUGACAAACAAGCUUCUGGAUGUCAUCAAGAGGUCGGGGCCGGCGCGGAUCAUCAAUAUCUCGUCAAUUGCCAGCUACAUCAAUGCCCGCUUUGACAAGGAGAUGGUCAAAGAUAAGCGUGCGUACAGCCGUCUGUUCGCUUACUGCAAUGCGAAACUCUCAAACGUCAUGUUCACGGCAGCUUUGGCACGGAGGCUUGAGGGAACCGAGGUUACAACCAACUCGUUGCACCCUGGCUUUAUCUCCACCAACAUUUUUGCACACAUUGGCCUGUGGCAGCGUCUGCAGAACCUUCUGUUCAUUAACCCAACUCAGGGUGCGCUGACUUCGAUCUACCUUGCCCUGUCCCCCAAGGUCAAUGGUGUGUCCGGCAAGUAUUUCGUUCGCUGCCAAACUACCCAUGCUCACCCGUCGGCCAGUAGUGUUGACGAGCAGGAGGAACUGUGGAAGUUUACCGAGGAGCUGAUCGCCAAGCAUUCGGAGCAGACAAGCUAUGGUACUUUUUAAUACAAUAUUUC